AUGGCGGAUUCGUUUAUUGAAGCACCUGAUGGGGCGGGAUGUCAGAUACAAGCGUUUCUACUCCACACAUUUGUUGGGGCUGAUGCGCUGUGGACUCUUGCGAUGGCGAUUAAUGUUUACCUUGCGUUCUAUUAUCGCUUUGAUGCGCAGCGAUUGAGGAAGAUGGAGUUGCCGUAUUUAUUGCUCUGUUACGGUAUCCCAUUCUUGCCGGCGUUCGUUUUUAUCUUCAUCAAGAAUGGCGAUGGCGUCAGAGUUUAUGGUAGCGCUGUCCAAUGGUGCUGGAUCACUUCAUCAUGGGAUACUCUCCGCAUCGCAACAUUCUACGGCCCAAUCUGGGUCAUAAUCGCCAUCACCCUCGCAAUUUACAUCCGCUCCGGCGGCACCAUCUACCGAAAGCGUCAACAACUCCUCAAAGCCCAAGGCUCGGGUUCAGGCGGAUUAUCUUACGCCCACCAAAGCACUGUCAACAACAUGAAGACCACUGAAGUGACCAUCACCUCCGAAGCCGCGACGCAACCCGACGCGAUACAAUUACAGAACAUGGGUCAUCAAGUUAGCGUGCAUGCUAUUGCGCCCGGCGGUGAGGCCUAG